AUGAACCAGGACGACGUAUCCAAGCUUACUAUCCGCAUGGAACAACUUUGGGGAGACGAGUUUUUGGAGGAUUCAAGUCUCUGGCCUGAGAAGAGUCCAGCAUACGCUCAACCAUUAGAAGAGACUCAAAUUCCUGGUACAUGGAAACUUCUCCACAGUGGUCCCGUCGAAGCAUCCGGAAAUGUGAAGGUCAACGUCUAUCUUGAUGGAAAAAUUACUCGUAUCGUCUAUAUCACUGUUUGA